CUCCCUCCUUACCUGGGACAGCUCCGCGCUCUGCCCCAAACGGCUCCAGAAUCGCGCUGGCCGAGCCAGCUGCCCGGACUAGGCUGUAGGAGACCCCCGGGGUGGGCCUUCCGAAGAGUGGCAGGGGAGGGGGCCAAUGGGAGAUGAGCACCAUCCGCGCCCCGCCCCCCCCAUCAGUCCCGGGGCCGCUCACCUGAGCUCCGGCUCCCGACUUAGCUGCGCUUCCGAAGCUCCAGCGAGUGUCCGGCGCGGGCGUCCCGGGCCCCUGCUCAGGUGCGUGACCCUGCCGGCCUCCGCUUCGAGCACUGGCGCGGAGGGCUGGGGGCGGCUCGCUUGGAAGCCCGGGCUCGGAGGGGGGCGUAGUGCCCCGCGCGUUGCCUUGGCGACCUUGGCCCGUCUCCGAGGGAGCUCAUUGGCCGCCUCGGGCGGGGCUUCUCCCCCCCCACCCCCCUCUCCCGGGCCCGGGAGUCCCGCAGGGGGCGCGCUCCCCGCCCCUCUCCUGCCUGAGGCCAGUGCGUGAGUUUCGGGCCAGGUAGGAUGCGGGGCGCGGUCUGGGAGGGAGGGCCCCCUCGAGAGUGUGGGCGGCCCCCCGCGAGGGCUCCUCUGGGGAGCCGGGGGAUGGGCGUGAGGGGCUUGAGUGCCCCCUGCAGCCGCGCCCGGGAAGGGAAGGCUCCGGGGCAGCAUUUCAGCGGGGCUGCCCGGGCCCCACGCCGGGCCCCAUCCUUUGGCGGGGGAGGAGGCCCGAGCGGGAGUUUGAUCUCUGCCCGCCCGAGCUUUUGUUCUCUUUGGGCCGCCUGCUGAAUGGGCAGGGGCCGGGGCCCCUUCUCUUCCGGGGGCCUUGGCUCUUGGCCAGCGGGGACUCCCGGAGCCUCAGCCCUUGGCCCCCGGAGCUCAAGAGGCAGGACGAAGGGCUUCCCACUUGCGAGCUUGGGGGCUCCCGGAGACACUUCUCGGAGCAGGUGCUUCGCGGUGAAGGGGGAGGGGGAGGGAACGUUCUAAUGAGAAUCUCCGGGGCCUGCCGGGCUUUCUCGUUGUGGCGCUGGGGGGGGGCGGGAUGCUGGAGCCCUGUAGCGCCGGACCCCCAGCCCUGCGGCUACAGUGGGGGCUCACGCUGUCUCCCCCUCGCCGUGCGGAUCAGGAACGGGACUAGGAAAGACACUCCCCAUCCCAGAACUUCCCGCUGCGCGGAGAGCGCCGCAUCUGGAGGCGGGCACCUUCUCUCCAAGGUGCUCCAGCUCGCCGGGUCUCUUCCCUUCUCUGUAAGACGAGAGCCUGGAAGAGAUCCCUUGCCCGGGGAGAAACCUCAGAGGGUUAUCCACUCCCAUUUUACAGAUGGGGAAAGCGAAGUCCCCAAGGUGAGAUUUGCCCAGUCCCACGGUAGUAAGCGUCUCGGGCGGCCCGCGGCUCCCUGCCAGCCUUUGCUGCCGGAAUCCCGCCCGACUUCGGAGUGGUCACCGGGCAGCCCGGGGCCUCAGGCCACCUGUGGUGCUCGGUAACACGCGGGCUUCCUCCCUCGGCCCCAUCCCGCCUGGGCUUUAAGCAGAAUUCUCGGCUUUUGCUUUGCUCUAGAUCAGCUCAGCCAUUAAAGCUGCAGCCCGCAGGACUCUAAUUUUUCCUCUCUGAAGCCCCACGCCCGUGCGGAGAAGGGUUGAGGGCCAUCAGGGCCUCGAGAUGUCCCGUAGAUUUGGUUGGCUUGCUCUGUACUGUCUGUCAGUGACACUCUUCACAUGUCUCCUCUUUUUGAAGAAGGAGACGAAACCAGCUCUCCCUGGGGGCCCAGGGCAGGUGGAGGGCCCUGUGGCCAGGCAUUCUUUCUGGGCACCCCCAGCGCCCCACCGAAGCCCGUGUCUGCCCAAUUCGGUGAUCAAUACAUCCACAGUCCUGCCUGUCCGUCACCGCCUCUUCUUGACCUAUAAGCACUGCCGGAACUUCUCGAUCCUACUGCAGCCCACAGGCUGCCCUACCGACACCUUCCUCCUGCUGGCAAUUAAAUCCUUGCCUGCUCACGUGGACCGCCGUGCAGCCAUCCGCAGCACCUGGGGCCGGGUUAAGGCCCAGGGUGGGCGGCAGCAGCUCAAACUGGUCUUCCUCCUGGGAGUAGAGGGAACUUCCCCACCCCCCCAGUUGUUACUUUAUGAGAGCCAGGAAUUUGAUGACAUUUUACAGUGGAACUUUACUGAGCACUUUUUCAACUUGACUCUGAAGGAGCUUCAUCUCCAAAGAUGGCUGGCUACCAGUUGUCCACAGGCUCGGUUUGUCCUCAAGGGGGAUGACGACGUCUUUGUCCACGUGCCCAACAUCCUGGAGUUCCUGGAAGGGCAAGACCCCAACCGGGAUCUCUUUGUGGGGGAUGUGAUCAGUGAAGCCCUGCCUAACCGAAACAAUAGGGUCAAGUACUUUAUCCCCACCUCCAUGUACCGUGCCCGUCACUACCCACCCUACGCUGGAGGUGGGGGAUACGUCAUGUCCCAGGCAACAGUUCGAGGGCUGCAGGCUGUGGUAGAGGAGGUGGACUUAUUUCCCAUCGAUGAUGUUUUUGUGGGGAUGUGCUUGAAGAAACUGGGAGUGAAGCCAACCCACCACGCAGGAUUCAAGACCUUUGGGAUUCGGCGUCCCCUGGACCCCCUGGACCCAUGUCUGUACAAGGGGCUGCUGCUGGUGCACCGUCUCAGCCCCCUGGAGAUGUGGACUACAUGGGCUUUGGUGAAGGACGAGGGCCUGAGGUGUGCUGCCCUUCCUGCUCCGGUCCAACAGAGUGGCUAAGGGGUCUACUGGGAGGUCGACUGGUAGUUUUCAAAAGCUAGUAGAGGACUUUGCUAUUGGUUACUUUCUAUAAAGGCUAAAAUAGUGGAGAGCUUUUAAACUAAUGUAGAUUGAUGAGAAUUUAUAUCCUAAGGUGUAAUCCCCCAGAUUCCCUUUAACUUUUAACUCUGUCUCUCUGACACAACACACACGCACACCCACCCACCCCAUGUCUCUACCAAAGCAAAAGUUUUUCAAGAAACAAGUGGAUUCCAAGUGAUGAAUGGCUAUUCUACAAUCCUAAAACACUUUUUUUUUUUUUUUUUUUUUUUAAAGAGAAAGGGUGUGUGUGUAAAAAAAACAAACAAACUAGUAAAAGGGAACAAAGCAACACAAGGCAAGGAGAGUUUCAUUUAAGGGACUCCUGUUUCAUAACAAGUACAAACACAUUUCACGAACUGUGCAGCCAAGCCUUCUGGCAGAGCCAGGCCAGGCCAGGCAUUUUUAUCUUAGCCACAUUUAGGUCAAAGAGGGCAUGAACUUUUAAAAAACAAAUACUAUAAACACGA